AUGUCUGGACAAAUAAAUGGUGUCCAAGCUCUUAUUUUGAAAGAGCAACCUUUAGCUUUCUACACUCAUUGUUUUAACCAUUCCCUCAAUUUGUGUUUAUCCAAAGCAUGCAAAGUAUUCACAAUAAAAAUAAAAAUGGAAUUACUCACCUUAUGUGAGACUCGUUGGAUUGAAUGGCAUGAUGCAUUAAUUAUAUUCAAAGAAUUGUUUUUGUACAUCAUAGAAACUUUAGACGACUAUGAAAAUAAUGGUAGUAAAUCAGAUUUCUCAAGUAAAGCAGUGAUGUAUGGUAGUGCUAUCAGAAAAAGCGAUCAUGUCGUUUCAUUAGAAGUAGUAGUUUUUAUUUUUUCCUAUACAUUAAAUUUAAGUCAAGUUUUUCAAAGUAAACAACAAGACUUAUCAAAAGCACUAAAUGAUGUUGUAACUGUACGAGAAUCUUUAGAAUCUAUUCGUAGAGAUGUUGAUAUUAAUUUCAAAAAUAUAUUUAGUGAAGUACUUAAGAUUGCUUCUAAAAUAGACGUCGAUAUUAAAAUACCUCGAGUUGUUGCAAACAAAAUAAAAGAGCAAAUGUGA